AUGGUUGGGGAGGCUUUAACCAAUAUGUGCUCACAGCUUUCACUCCAAGAGGGUGAAAAAGAGAAAGUUGUAAUUGAUAACAGUUGGGUGGAUGGUGAGGAUGGUAAUGUUGUUCGACAUUACUUGCUGGGUAAGUUGAUGCUAAAGAAACCAGUUAAUGUUGAGGGGUUAAGAAAUGUGAUGUAUCAGGCUUGGCGGUUGGAGGGUGACUUGAUUGUCCAAGAGGUUGGGGUCCGGCUGUUUCUAUUCCAGUUUGAAGAUCCUUUGGAGAAAGAUCGGGUCUUGGUGUCUCAGCCGUGGUCGUUUAAGAAAGUGUUGUUGGUUCUGAAGGAAUAUGAUGGUGUUUUGCCUCCAGAGAGUGUUCAGUUUAAUAAAUGCCCAUUUUGGGUUAGAGUUUUUGAUCUACCUUUAAGGUUGCAGAAUGAAAGAGUGGGAGUUGCAGUUGGGGAGGCAGCAGGUGAGGUGUUGGAUAUUGAUCCUAACUGGGGUCGUUUCAUGAGAGUCAGAGUACAAGUGGAUCUAUUGAUUCCUUUGAAGGCGGGUACAACAGUCUCUACAGCUUCGGGUGAUCUGGAAGUGGAGUUUCGCUAUGAGAAGAUGGCUGAUUUUUGCUAUGUUUAUCGGCUGAAAGCAGAAACGCCGGUGGUCAGGAGCACGAAACAAUCUCCGGAUGGGAUGAGGUCCAAAACGAUUUUUGGAGGGUCAAAGCGUGAAGGAAAACGUCCUGUGGUGGCUAAUGCUUUGUCAACUGGAGCUGUUUCAAAGCAGAAGAGCCUUGGAAGUUCGAUGCUGGCGUCGGGAUGGCGGGGAGGAUUUAGGAAUCAUGUUGAUAGUUUAUUAUUGCGAGGACGUGAGGCGGCGCGUGCAAUUGCCGAGGAGGAGAGGUCGCGUGAUAUGUUCCCUAAGUUUAACUGUAACAAUGGUGAGAAAUUCCAGGGGGAGCAGGAGGUUACUUCGAGCAAAUUUCGCACUUUAAAUAACAACUUUCUGCAUGAUGCCAAGGAAAGAGGGGAGAGGCGGGGUGAGGAAGAUAUUGAUGCACGUGUUUUUGCUCUUAAACAGCAAUUGCUGUUGGAAGGUAUGGCUGAGUCUCCGAAUUUCCAGGGAGAUCGUGGAAGUGGCUUUAAGGAGAAGGGCUCUUCAUCUUUUAUGGGGCCGAAGAAUAUUCCAGGAAUUGGGAGGAGUCAUAUGGGCCUGGCUGGGAGUUCAAACGCUAAUAUUGGGCUACCGAGUUUAAUAAGGCCAGUUCUGGAGCAGGAAGAUAAUUCUGGCUCAUCUUUGCCGACUGAAGUGCGACAAUUACUGGCAGAAUUGGUAAAGACUGGUCCAUUCGUCUUUGGUGCUGGUAAUACUUCCGAUCAGAUAAAGCCUAGACGUUGGAAAAAGAUUGCGAGAGCCACAGAUAAGUAUUCGUUUGAAUGUCUUGCUCCACAAACGAAUUUAUUACAAGGGAGGAAAAGAGGUCCAUAUCAAGGAAGCUUUGUGUCUGUGGAAGACGGGGCUGCAAAACGAUCUAGAGAAGAGGAGGACCAGAUUGGAACUGUUGCUGGAUUGGUUGCUGAAUUGUGGAACGGCAGGGGUGACGGUGGAUCACCUCUGCCAAGGACAAUGAGUAUUUUUGUUUGGAACUGUCGAGGGCUUGGGGCCUCUCGAUCAGUUCAUAUUCUCCGUAGUUUUAUAAUUUGUAAUAAGCCCCAAAUUUUAUUUUUGUCUGAGACUAAGAGAAGUAGUAAUGGGAUGGAAUGGCUCCGUUCUUUGUUGGGGUAUGAUUUUUGUUUUUCGGUUAGCAGUAUUGGUAGGGCGGGUGGUUUAGCUCUUUUGUGGAUGAAUUCUUAUUCUGUUUAUGUUCUUUCUUAUUCCUCUUCGCAUAUUGAUGUUUCCGUUGAGAAUCAAAAUACUCAAAAAUGGCGCUUUACGGGAAUUUAUGGCCAAUUUGAGACUGGGAGGAGACACGAAACUUGGUCAUUAUUGAGAAAUUUGGCUGGCCGAUCAUCGUUACCAUGGCUAUGCGCGGGAGAUUUUAAUGAGAUUUUGUCAAACGAUGAGAAGCUAGGUGGUGUUGUCCGAUCUAAUAGACAAAUGGAACAAUUUAGAGAAGCAAUUGAAGAUUGCGAACUAAAGGAAAUUCCAGUUCAAGGUCCAAAAAUGACUUGGAAUAGGAAGAUGCGAGGUGAAACCGUUUUUGAGAAAUUGGACAGAGGACUUGCGACAGAAGAAUGGAUUAAUAUUUUCAAUUUCUCAUUUGUACAGUGUGCUGAAAAAUUGAGGAGGUGGGAUCGUGAGAUUUUUGGACAUGUUCGCCACGGUAUUAAUAGGAAGAAGAAGGAGCUAGAGAGGUUGUAUGCAAAAGCACAAAUGGAUGGAAGGUCAGGGGCUUUACAUGAUUGUAUAGAUGGAUUAAAUGAAUUAUAUCAGAGAGAGGAAGUUAUGUGGAGGCAGCGAGCGAAAAUUACUUGGUUGCGAGAUGGAGAUAGGAAUUCGAAAUUUUUCCAUGUAAUGGCUUCCAAGCGUAAUAGGAGGAAUGGUAUAUCUGCCUUACAAGAUGAUGCGGGCAAUUGGCAGAUGAAUGCGGAGGAAAUUGAGAAUAUAAUUGGGCGACAUUUUAAGAGCAUUUAUGAAUCAUCGAAGCCUUACAUUUAUGACAUUCAGCAGGAUAUUAAGGAUGCAGUUUUUCAGAUGAGUCCUGAGAAAUCUCCAAGUCCGGAUGUGCUAUGGUGGCUUGAAACUGUUCAUCAUCUGAAGAAUAAGCGAAGCGGAGGGAAACGACAUAUGGCACUCAAGCUUGAUUUAAGCAAAGCGUAUGAUAGGGUGGAGUGGGCUUUUUUGGAAGGUGUUAUGCGGAGUUUGGGUUUUUCUGCUAGAUGGAUAUCUCGAAUUAUGACGUGUGUUCGUGCAGUCUCUUAUUCGGUAUUGGUUAAUGGAGUUCCUACAGAUAAGUUUGCUCCAUCCCGAGGUAUUCGUCAAGAAGAUCCGUUAUCCCCUUAUCUGUUCUUAUUUUGCAUGGAAGGUUUGUCUUGUUUAUUGCAACAUGCUGAAAGAUCUAGGGAAAUUCAGGGAGUGUCAGUGGCUCGCUAUGCUCCUAGAGUAUCGCAUCUUUUCUUUGCAGAUGAUAGCUUACUAUUUCUUCAUGCUAAGGAAGUGGAGUGUGAUGCUAUACUUAGGAUUUUGAAGAUUUUCGAGUAUGUUUCAGGUCAGCAGAUUAACGUUGAUAAAUCUGCUAUCUUGUUUAGCAAUAAUACUCCGGAUUGUAUACGAGUUUCAAUUAUGGCAAAAUUGGGAGUCCAACAAGUGUUGGAUAAAAACAAGUAUCUGGGUCUUCCGAUUAUGAUUGGAAGGUCCAAACGAGCGGAGCUUCAAAUGAUUAGAGAUCGUAUUUGGAAGCGGGUACAACAAUGGCGGGGGAAAAUCCUAUCUGGAGCAGGGAAAGCAGUAAUGAUUCAAGCGGUGGCCCAAUCUAUUCCAACCUAUUUAAUGAGUUGCUUUCGUUUCCCAAAGACUUUCUUAAAUGAUCUGAAUAUGAUCAUUGCUAAUUUUUGGUGGGGCAGCAGUGACAAUAAGCGUAGGAUUCAUUGGAAAGCUUGGGAUUCUUUAUGCGUGUCGAAGUUGGAUGGAGGCCUUGGCUUUCGUGACUUUGAGGCUUUUAAUUUGGCGUUGUUAGCCAAACAGGGUUGGCGUUUGAUACAAGAUGAGCGGUCUUUGUGCUAUCGUAUACUGAAGGCUAAGUAUUUUAGGCAAUGCUCCUUUAUGGAAGCUAAAUUAGGAUGUAACCCAUCUUUUGUGUGGAGAAGUUUGCUAGCGGGGAGAGAAGUUUUAAAGCAAGGGUGUCGGUGGAGGGUAGGUAAUGGAUGUGAUAUUGAUAAUUGGAGGGAUAAGUGGAUUAACAAACCUCCGGUCAAUCAACCUCUACCAAAUAAUGGUAUAAUUUGUAACCCAAAUCCUGUCAAAGUCCUUUUUGAUGAUGACGGAAAUUGGGAUUAUGACUUGCUAAGGGAAUUGUUUGUGGAGGAUGAUGUCAGGAGGAUUAUGAGUAUUCCACUACAUUUGACAGGUAGUCGAGAUAAGUUUAUUUGGUCAAGAACAUUAGAUGGUCAUUAUACAGCAAGUGAGCUGGGUUAUUUGGAGUUGGUGUGCUUCUUGUUAUGGAAAAUUUGGUUAAAUGGAAACAAAGUUCUCCAUGAGAAGGUUUGUCAAACGCUAAGUGCUUUAUGUCUCGCUGCUGCUCACUGUGUCCAGGAAAUGGAGAAUGUAUGGAUUAGGAACGAACUGACUAUGGAUGGUCGGGAGGUGCAAUUGUGGAGGCCGCCUGUGGCAGGACAGAUUAAAAUUAAUGUGGAUGCAUCAUUUGUAGUCAGUAGGUAUGAAGCAGGUUUAGGAGUAGUUUGUCGAGAUGCUGAAGGAAGGGUGUUAUUAUGUGCCAAAUCGAGGAUUAAUUUUGUGCCAGACUCGAUGUAUGCCGAGAUGUAUGCAAUCCGGUUUGGUGUCUUGUUAGCUCGAUAUUAUGGAUACUUGAAUUGCUGUGUGGAGAGUGAUUGUCUGCUUGCUAUUAGGGAAAUUAAUAUGGCUAAUCCUAGUUUGUGGGGGGGGGGGGGUGAUGCGCCAAGGGCUUAUCAUAGCUUAGAAGAGCACAUUGGAGCUAAUGAAGAUCAUGUCUUGGAAAUACAUGGAGAUGUCAUGAAUACAAGCUUGGAGGAGCAUGGAGUUGGAGGCAUCGCAAGUGACCGACCAUUGCUUGGAGAAGCCGCGCAACACCGGCCACAUGACCGGCCACAACCAGCCAUCGCAUACCGGCCAUCGCAUGCGCCAUCGCAUGAGGCAUCCGGCCACAACCGGCCAUCGCAUGGGCCAUCCGGGCACAACCAGCCAUUUGACCCUUUAGCCAUUCCGCAAGGUCCAAUGACAAGGGCUCGGGCUAAAAGGUUCAAUGAAGCUUUAUUGGGCUUUGUUAGAUCUCAUCUUGGAGAUUUAGAGUCCAUUGAAGACCAAUUGGAGAGCAUUGAAGUCGACAUCACCAAGAAUAUUCCCAUUGAUUCCAAGAGUCCUAGCAAGCAAUUAGGUUGUGAUUGCUUAAUUGUUUGUGAAUCUUGUGAUCUUGAGAAUUCAAUUGCAGGUCUAAUUGAGAGCUUAAGUCCGACGAAAGAGGAGCUGUGUUUACUUCUUGAUUUUGUGGUUUCAUCGCAAGGUAUAGAGGUUGAUGAGGAAAAGAUCAAGGCAAUCAAAGAUUGGCCAACUCCCACCAACGUUGGACAAGUGAGAUCUUUUCAUGGACUAGUCGGAUUCUAUAGGAGGUCUGUUAAGGACUUUAGCACCUUAGCCACCCCUAUUACAAGUGUGAUGAAGAAGAAUGCACCAUUCAAGUGGGGAAAAGAACAACAAGAAGCAUUUGAGACUUUGAAGGAAAAACUAACUAAUGCUCCUUUGCUUGUUUUACCUAACUUUAACAAUACUUUUGAGAUUGAAUGUGAUGCAUCAGGGGUUGGAAUUGGUGCUGUUUUAAUGCAAGGUGGGAAGCCCGUCACAUACUUUAGUGAGAAAUUGAAUGGGGCUGCAUUGAAUUAUCCAACCUAUGACAAAGAGUUGUAUGCUCUUGUGAGGGCGUUGCAAACUUGGCAACACUACCUAUGGCCUAAGGAAUUUGUGAUCCAUACGGAUCAUGAGAGCUUGAAGUAUUUAAGAGGCCAACAAAAGUUGAACAAAAGACAUGCUAAGUGGAGCGAGUUCAUUGAAAGUUUUCCGUAUGUUGUGCGAUACAAACAAGGUAAGGAGAAUGUUGUAGCCGAUGCUUUAUCAAGGAGAUUGUGUGUACCUUCUUGUUCUUUGCGCAUCUUGCUCAUGAGGGAAUCGCAUGAGGGGGGAUUAAUGGGUCACUUUGGAGUUGAUAGAACAUAUGACAUAUUGCAUGAACACUUCUUUUGGCCUAAGAUGCGACAUGAUGUAGGGACGUAUGUUGUUAGUUGUAUUGUUUGUUUGCAAGCUAAAUCUACUUCUAAACCGCAUGGAUUGUAUAAUCCUUUGCCUAUUCCUCAUGAACCAUGGACUCAUAUUAGUAUGGACUUUGUGUUAGGAUUACCUCGUUCUAAGAGAGGUAAAGAUUCUAUCUUUGUGGUUGUUGAUAGGUUUUCUAAGAUGGCUCACUUUAUUGCAUGUACUAAAACGGAUGAUGCCAUUAAUGUAGCUAAUUUGUUCUUUAAAGAGAUUGUUAGACUAUAUGGAAUGCCUAGGACGAUUGUGAGUGAUAGAGAUGCUAAGUUCUUAAGUCACUUUUGGAGAACUUUAUGGGCUAAGUUAGGUACUAAGUUGUUAUUUUCAAUUACUUGUCAUCCCCAAACCGAUGGCCAAACUGAAGUAGUUAAUAGGACUUUGUCUACUUUACUUAGAGCAUUAAUUAAGGAGAACAUAAGAACUUGGGAGGAUUGCCUACCUCAUGUCGAAUUUGCAUAUAAUAGAAGCAUACAUAGUACUACUGGACAUUCACCUUUUGAAACUGUGUAUGGCUUUAAUCCUUUAACCCCAUUGGAUUUGUUGAGUUUACCUUUGAGUGUGCAAGUCGACAUGGAUGGACAAAGGAAGGCCGAUUAUGUUAGGGAACUUCAUGCUAGGGUUCGAGCUCAAAUUGAGAAGAAAACACAACACUACAUGAAGGUUGCUAAAAAGGGGCGCAAGGAGAUCAUCUUUGAACCUGGGGAUUGGGUUUGGUUGCAUCUAAGGAAAGGUUCCCUGAAAAAGAGAAAGUCUAAGCUAUUACCUCGUGGAGAUGGUCCAUUCCAAGUCUUGGAGAGGAUCAACAACAACGCCUACAAGCUAGAUCUUUCAAGUGAAUAUGGCAAUGUAAGUGCUACUUUUAAUGUUUCAGACUUAUCCUUGUUUGAUAGUGAUGCAGAUUUGAGGAGAAAUCAUUUUCAAGGGAGAGGGGAUGAUGCGCCAAGGGCUUAUCAUGUCUUAGAAGAACACAUUGGAGCAAAUGAAGAUCAUGUCUUGGAAAUACAUGGAGAUGUCAUGAAUGCAAGCUUGGAGGAGCAUGGAGUUGGAGGCAUCGCAAGUGACCAGCCAUUGCUUGGAGAAGCUGCGCAACACCGGCCACAUGACCGGCCACAACCGGCCAUCGCAUGCGCCAUCACAUGA